AUGGCGCGGAAAACCAUCGCAUGCGCUUCUUGCCGCCGGCAGAAGAUCAAAUGUAUCCACGAGGGUCUUCCACCCUGUCGUAGUUGUUCCAAAAAAGGCCGCAUCGAACCGGGCCAGUGCGUUCUGACGAGCCCAAUCCUUUCGCAGCCUUCACGUUGCCCACCGCCCAGCACUUCUCAGCGAACGAAUCUUCCAUCCGUAUCCGGUGAUAGCCAUGCCGCUGUUGGGACCGGAACAACUCCUGUCAGACAGCGCGCAAAUGCCCAGCGUCAUGCAUCAGAUUCGAACGAUGUUCUAUUUCAACGAGAUGGCACGGAACUGAUACGCGCAUGCCUGGUCUUCAAACGAAAGUUUCCAGAGCUACGAUUCCUCCAUUUACCCACCAUCUCAAAGUCGCUUCGUAACCUUCAGAGCUUGAAAAGCUUAGAAUCACCGGCAUUGCAAACUUUCUUUUUAUCCAUUAUGGCUGUUCAUGCUGUUUUAGGGAAAGAUAAGGCGAGACUAUCUACAGCAGAUCAAUUUGCCACAGCAGUACGAGACCGGGUGACGGUCUUGACGCCACCGAGCUUGGUAACGGUUCAAACGCUGUUGGUACUCUCCAUGUACGAGUGGGGAGUCGGGAACCGACAGCAAGCCUGGCUGAGCAGCGGCAUGGCUAUCAGGAUGAUGCAGUCUCUACAGUCCAUGACCGCUUGUACAGAACACCAACCCGAAGAUCUGAAUGUGCACAAUCGUACCUUGUGGAGCUGCUUUAUCAUGGAUCGCUUAAUCUUCUCAGGGAUGCCUCAGCCAUAUGCGCUUUCAUGCAAUUCCCUGCGAACCUCUUGGCCUUCGUCAGAAGAAGACUUCGUGUUUGGCCUGCCCCCAGUGUCGUCACGUCAUGCCACAGCUGGGCGAAGUCUCCUCGAUGACAUGCCUGGAAACAUGGCGAACUCCUACAACGUUCUCGUUAGGGGCUUCGAUAUAUGGGCGCGCAUCCUACAGUGGGUCAUUAGUGGAGGAAGGUUCUUGCCUGAUAUGAGUCUUCCUGCAAAUUGUCCCUGGAAUCCGACGUCACCCUGGGCGUUACUAUAUCAAGAACUACAGGCAUGGAGAAGCCUUUUGGAAGAACGGAUGCUUUUCCCCAAAGUCUCCGUGGAGAGCCAUGCUGCACUCGAACAGGCCGAGCCUUUCGCCUACGUCAACCUAGUCUACUACAUCAGUCUGAUCUUCCUAAACCGCGAGUACCUCCCGUUUCUGCCAACUACGUGCGAUCGACCCUCUGGACCAAUCGAUCCUCCACUGCUUCCUCCAGAUGCACCUGUGGGAUGGUGGGAUGCGAGAGCAACUGAGCUUUUCGCGUCUGCAGGCUCUAUAACUACCAUCAUGGAGGACCUAGAUAAUGCAGGUGCUUCGCUGCACACGCCCUUCCCAAGCUUCUGUGUUUUCUCAGCAGUAACGAUGAAUAUGUACAGAUCAGCUUUCCCCUGGAUGAGCCCCGAUAAACUUCAAGACGGUCGAUCACUUGUAGAGAAGAAUCUCGUUUGGCUUGAUACGUUCCGCAAGAUAUGGCCUGUUGGAGAACGCUGGUGGCUGACGAGCCAGCGUACCAAGCAACUGUACGAUCAUGCUAGUGCGGACUUGGAGAGGUACCAAGGAAGAGCAAGGACAGAUUUCGACGCCCUAGAGGCUUCCAUGCAUGACUGUCGGCGUCGAAGGCCGUCAGUUGAUGAGUAUCGUGAUCUAAAUCCUGACGCGAGUCUCAUACGGGACAGCACUUCCACACGUCUAGAAGAGCAAGGGCUGUGCGAGACGAAUUGCAAUGGGGACAUGCCGGAGAUGACAUGGCAAUCAGAUAUGGGAUGGAGUCAAUUAUGGCCGCUAUGGGAUCAAGAAGAUAGUGGAUAUCUUGUCUACAGUGGGCUUUCGCCAAACACAGAAUGUUUGUAA